AUGGUGCUGCCCACUACACCCAAAAGCGUUAGGAAAACGGCCCCUUUCAAAAAUUCCCCUCACUCCUCUGGGAAAAAGACCUUCAAACAGGCGUCUUUACUGUCAUUCUUUGGUAAAAACAAAUCAGCAGGAAGCGGUACACCACUGAAAGGUUCCAAACAAGAAUCCUUAUUUGUGGAGAAUGAUGACUCUACCGACAUGAAUUCAGAGUUUGUCACUGCUAUAGAGGAUGGCGGUGACCGCUCAGCUCCGUCUAUCGUGGAUGCAAGUGUCACGGACGAGAAUAAAGAGGACAAAGUUGUUGAUGAAAAGGAAAAGUCAGAAAAUCUGGAGGGAGAGACGGAUGGUGACAUUCAAGGUACCCCUUUGAGUAGUGGUGCGCUUUCGAACCACCCAGAUGAACCAAAUAGUCAAGACGAAGACCAAUCAGUACAAAAGCCAGAUGUGAAUGCCAAACGUCCAAAUAAACGGCAAGUCACAUAUGCAGAACUGAGUGAUGAGGAACUUGAUACUUCGCCCUUGCGAUCAAAAGCGAAGAAAAAGAGACAUUUACCAAGCGACGACGAAGAAGAAGAAUAUACACCACCAAAAGAACAAGAAAGCGAUGGUGACGAUGUCGAGGACGAAAUUGACGCGUCGGAUAUUAAAAACGAGCUUUCGGGAGGUAACACCGGUGCUGCAGAGGAAGAUCUUGAUGACGAAGAUGACGACGACGACAUCCUUCAGUUAUCUCGCAAACAACCAAGGUCUCUAGGCAAUAAAGUUGCUGUAAAGGACAGAGCAACACCUCAGUCAGUGGCUAAACCCAAAAGCAGUCCUCAGCGUAGUAAACCAUCGGUGCUCAACAAGGGAAAACAUUCGAGUUUCAAUAAAGAAAAUGAAGAGCGCUAUCAAUGGUUAGUGAACGAGAGAGACGCGCAAGGAAGAGCUCCAGAUCAUCCGGACUACGAUUCCCGAUCUCUGUAUAUCCCAUCUUCUGCAUGGGCAAAAUUUACGCCAUUCGAGAAACAAUACUGGGAAAUAAAGUCGAAGAUGUGGGACUGUAUCGUGUUUUUCAAAAAAGGCAAGUUCUUCGAAAUGUACGAGAAAGACGCAAUGCUCGGAAACCAUUUGUUUGAUUUGAAAAUUGCAGGUGGUGGGCGUGCUAACAUGCAACUUGCGGGCAUACCGGAGAUGUCAUUCGAUUAUUGGGCGAUGCAGUUUAUUCAACAUGGCUAUAAGGUAGCGAAAGUUGACCAGAGAGAGUCGAUGCUCGCCAAAGAAAUGAGAGACGGGAAUAAAGGGAUUGUGAAGCGUGACCUUGAGAGCGUUCUGACUUCCGGAACAUUGACAGACCUAGGAAUGCUUCUAUCUGAUCAAGCUACAUACUGCAUGGCUAUACGCGAAGAGCCUGGCGACUUUUACGAUGUCGAAAACGGCGCGUCAAGUUCACCUCCAAGUGAUAAGAAAAUAUUUGGUGUCGCUUUCAUAGACGCAGCCACAGGUGCGAUUGACCUCCUAGAAAUCGAAGACGAUUCUGAAUGUACAAAGCUCGACACAAUUUUAUCCCAGGUACGGCCAAAAGAAAUCAUAAUGGAAAGGAAUAACCUUUCCAACCUGGCUCAUAAGAUAAUAAAAUUCAACGCACAACCUCAAGCUCUCUAUAAUUAUUUGAAGGCAGGAGAAGAGUUUUACGAUUUCAACAGAACUUUCGACGAGCUUACGUCCAAAGACAACGGUUAUUUUACGGACAUGGAUCAAUGGCCUGAAGUUUUAACCAGGUUUUUUGAGCAAGGGAAGAAGGUUGGAUUUUCUGCUUUUGGUGGACUGGUGUCCUACUUGAAGUGGCUCAAGCUGGACAAAUCAUUGGUGUCCAUGAAGAACAUCAAUGAAUACAGUCCAAUCAGAUCACAGACAUCCUUGGUGCUGGAUGGAAUAACACUGCAGAAUCUGGAGAUUUUCGGCAACUCAUUCGACAAUACCGACAAAGGAACCCUUUUCAAGCUACUGAAUCGAGCAAUAACGCCCAUGGGUAAACGAAUGCUAAAAAAGUGGGUAAUUUAUCCUCUCCUUCACAAGCAUGAUAUUGAGCAACGUUUAGAUAGCGUUGAUCUCUUACUUAAUGAUAUGGAUCUUAGAGAGCUUUUGGAGAGCAGUUUGAGCGUAUUGCCCGAUCUGGAGCGUUUGUUAGCGCGCAUUCACUCGGGCACCUUAAAAAUCAAAGAUUUUAACAAAGUUAUAGAGGGAUACGAAACAAUUGCCGCUCUCACGAACAAGCUUCAGAGUCAAGAAUUGAAAGGUUCGCUGAAAAAACACCUCGAACAGAUACCCGAAACAUUGGCCAAUGCUAUAAACAGCUGGGGAAAUGCGUUUGAUAGAAAAAGGGCAGUUGAUGAUGGAGUGAUUGUACCAAAAUCUGGCGUCGAACCUGAUUUUGACGAAUCCCUCAAAAGCAUUGAAAAGAUCGAAGAUGAACUCGGCGAUCAUUUACGUUCCUACAAGAAACAAUUCAAAACCUCCAAUAUACAGUACAAAGACUCGGGUAAGGAAAUUUUUACCAUCGAGGUACCGAUGGCGGCCACCAAAUUAAUCCCAUCGGACUGGAUUCAAAUGGGAGCCAACAAAUCAAACAAGCGUUACUAUUCACCCGAAGUUGCAAAGCUGGCAAGAACAAUGGCUGAAGCCCGCGAGUCGCAUAAGAUUCUAGAAGAGAGUCUAAAAAGCCGCUUAUAUCAAAAAUUUGACCUCAACUAUCAAGACAUCUGGAUACCGACUUUGAACGCCGUCUCUUCAAUAGACUGCAUUCUUUCGCUGGCUCGGACUUCAGAAUCAUUAGGAUUUCCUUGCUGUAGGCCUGAGUUUGUCGACAAUGUGGAUCCGGAAACUGGACACAGUUUGAACGGCUUUGUCAACUUCAAAGAGCUCAGGCAUCCAUGCUUCAAUUUAGGUUCUACAACAGUCAAAGACUUCAUUCCAAAUGACGUAUCUUUGGGAGGUGAGAGUCCGCAAGUUGCUCUAUUAACAGGUGCAAAUGCGGCUGGUAAAUCGACAGUGUUGAGAAUGACUUGCGUAGCGGUUAUUAUGGCUCAAAUUGGUUGUUACGUGCCUGCUGAAAGUGCAGUUCUCACACCGAUAGACAGAAUAAUGACCCGACUUGGAGCUAAUGAUAACAUUCUGCAAGGAAAGUCCACUUUUUUUGUUGAGCUGUCGGAAACAAAAAAGAUAUUAGACACAGCAACUAACAGAUCGCUGUUGAUUUUGGAUGAGCUGGGAAGAGGUGGGUCUUCUAGCGAUGGAUUUGCGAUCGCCGAGAGUGUCUUACAUCAUGUUGCUACCCACAUUCAGAGUCUGGGUUUCUUCGCAACACAUUAUGGUGGCUUGAACAUGGGUUUCAAACAUCACCCCAAGGUAUUACCGCUCAAAAUGAGUAUUCUCGUGGAUGAAAACUCACGAGAGCUCACUUUCUUGUACAAACUUACCAGAGGACAGAGUGAGGGGAGCUUCGGUAUGCAUGUUGCCUCCAUGUGUGGGAUUCCCAAGACGAUUGUGGAGAGAGCGCAAAUUGCUGCUGACAAUCAGGAGCACACAUCCAUUUUAGCCAAGGAACGACAUCGUUCUGCUGGAGACAUUCACGGUAGCAUAAUACCGCUUGGUUUACAAAGUGACUUUGUCAGGCUGGCCUACGGUGAAGGACUUACGACUGGGAAGAAAGGUUGUGGCGAAGGUGUGAACUUUUAUGACAACCAAAUCAAAGCUAACGCUUUGAAAAGCAUCUUUUGUAUGAUAGACGGGUUGGAAUGA